AUGGGUCGGCUCGACCGGGGUGAUACCACGGCCUCACAGAAAACCGGCGCAGAGCCCCAUGCUACGAUGCUGGACGACUUGGUGCCCACGCUAGCGACCAACAAGACCACGGUACCAGGCCAAGACCACGCCUUCUACGUCACAUUCUUCGAUGAACAUAACAAUAAAUAUGUCAACCAAAGCCAAAAUGGCACAGAGGCCUACCAGUCCUUUAUCCUCCCGUGGUGGCGCCAAGUGCUAUGGACGGUGCUGUUCGCUGGUAUGGUGGUGGUGGCAACCGUGGGGAACCUCGUCGUCAUCUGGAUAGUACUCGCCAAUAAACGGAUGAGGAGCGUCACCAAUUAUUUCUUAGUGAACCUGUCGGUAGCAGACGCGAUGGUAUCAACCCUGAACGUGACGUUUAACUUCACAUAUAUGCUGAACUCUGAUUGGCCGUUCGGACACUUUUAUUGCAAGUUCUGCCAGUUCAUCGCCGUACUCAGUAUAUCAGCUUCAGUGUUCACUUUACUGGCUAUCAGUAUGGACAGAUAUGUCGCCAUCAUGAGUCCUUUACAACCAAGACUGGGCAAGCGAGCAACUCUGGGCAUCACAGCUGCUAUCUGGGUAUGGAGCUCAAUCCUCAGUGCUCCUAACCUGAUCUACUUCACCACAGAAAUGGACUACUUACCUGAUGGAUCAAUAAGGCGGGUGUGUUUCUCUGAGUGGCCCGACGGUAUGACUACGCAGUCCCAACUCGAAUACUGGUACAACGUGGCGUUCAUGGUGCUCACUUACUUCUUGCCCAUCAUGUCGAUGACGUACACAUACUCCAGGGUAGGCAUCGAGCUAUGGGGAUCCCAGUCUAUCGGGGAAUGCACGCAAAGGCAACUGGACAACGUCAAAAGUAAACGGAGGGUAGUGAAAAUGAUGAUAGUAGUGGUGGUGAUAUUCGCUGUCUGCUGGCUGCCGUUCCACGUGUACUUUCUGGUGACAUCAUACUACCCAGACGUGGUCAACUAUCCUCAUAUCCAAGAAAUUUACCUGGGCAUCUACUGGCUCGCCAUGAGUAACUCCAUGUACAAUCCCAUCAUUUACUGCUGGAUGAAUUCCAAGUUUAGAAGAGGAUUCAAGCAAUUCUUCUGGUGCUGUGGUGCAUUUGGUGGUGUUGGGUUAGACCGGCGCAGGGGAUUCGGAACAGAGCGCCUCGACAGAUCGGUGCGAUCCCUAUCACCUAGCAGGAAGAAUGGUACCAGUAUGCUGAAGAUGCCAGUUAACUCUGUGACUGAAACGAAAAAAGGAGUCGACAAAUCUAGAUUUUCCCUGUCAUUAAAUAGAAAUAAUGCUACAUAUUUGAGCAACGAAAAUAAGAAACUGACAGAGAACUCGAAGGAGAACAGUGACCCUUUAAAGCAGACUUUAAAUAAUAAAGAGAAUAAACCUUUAAAAAGGCCUUUUAAAAGCGUAUACUCAAAUACUUUAUCUGCUGCAAAGAGAUUGAAGCCUCUUUCGGAGUCAGUAAAGCUAUCAGCAAAAUCAUCUGACAUAGAGUUGAUACUCUCAGAGUCUCCCUCUGCCAGCACUGCCAUGUUGAAUGGCCACACAUCAGACAAUCAGUAUGCAGGGAGCACACAACGCAAGACUCCCAUUGCCACCUUGUCUAAUUUGGGGAACACCUGCUUCCUCAACAGUGUGCUCUAUACAUUACGAUAUGCACCACGUUUCCUUCACAACCUGCACCACCUUGUGUCGGACCUAGCAAGUGUAGAACAGAAGUUGGGCAGUAUCCGACUGAAGAGCUCCUCUCUUGGCCGUAGUGCAGCUGGGUUGGCAUCCUCUGGGACCAGAUCUUGGAGCAGUAAGGACCUACUGUCUCUGGGACAAUCUGAUAACAAUGCUGGAAAAAGUAAAAUUCAGAUUGCCACAGAGAAACUACACGAGACAUAUUUCAAUCUUCGUGCUGCGGAGAGUAAAUGCCUCAACAGCAGCUCUGCAGAUGCUAGUCCGGAACCCUAUGCAGCAGAUGCCUUCCUAGCUGCACUUCGAGAUGUCAACUCAACUUUUGAAGGCAACAGACAACAAGAUGCGCACGAGCUACUAGUGUGCAUAUUGGACAACAUACGAGAAACAUGCAGAGCGCUCAGCGCGCGUGCCAGCCGGCUGCAAAUACAUGAGAACGGGGACAGCAAUGGAAUAGGUCGUCAACCAAGUUUAGAAGGGGACAGUGGGAAACCGACGCUGGGUAACUUGCGCAAGUCGUGGAAGAAACGCAAAGAAGUGAAAGCCAGUGACAAAAGGGCGUCACCCACUGACGAUCGUCCACCUUCACCUGCUGACCCAGAGAAAGACGAGAGAUCUCGACCUGGGUGGGAUUUCGUCGCAGAUGAUUUUGAAGGCACAAUGGUAGUACGCACAAUGUGUUUAGAAUGCGAAGCUGUGACGGAAAAAGCGCAGGCAGUGUGCGAAUUGUGCGUGCCUGUCACUGAAGACGAGACUGAUGACGAACCCUUCCGUGCCGCCUGCCUCUCCACUGAGUACCUGCGCGAUCAGAAUAAGUACUGGUGCGAGCGUUGCCUGCGCUACAACGAGGCGCGGCGCAGCGUGGCGUACUCCCGCCUGCCGCGCCUGCUAGUGCUGCAACUCAAACGAUUCAGCGGCGGCAUGGAGAAGAUCACUCGCCACGCACCCACACCUCUACUUAUGCCCUGCUUCUGUGAACCUUGUGCUAAAAGGCCACCAGAACAACCACCAACACACAGGUACAUUCUCUGGGGUGUGAUCAUGCAUUUGGGCCAGACACUGACGGGCGGACACUACGUGGCGUACGCGCGGGAUGGCGCGGCGCUGGGCACGAGCGCGGCGACGUGCGGGCGCGAGGCGGGCGGCGGGGACGCGGCGGCGGCGGCGGGCGGCGGCUUCAUGCGCGCGCUGUUCAGCCGCCCGCGCGCGCCCGCCGCAUGCACGGCGCGCGACUGCUGCGUGCCGCGGCCCCGCGCCGCGCCCGCCGCCGCCUGGCUGGCCUGCGACGACGACUUGGUCAAGCCUAUCUCCAACGAAGAGUUCGAGGACCUGUUGUCGGCCGAGCCGGAGAUGCGGUCGGCCGCCACGCCAUACCUGCUGUUCUACGUCAAGAGCGAAGUCGGCUAG